AUGUACUUGCUCGUAUACGUAGAUGAUCUUAUUCUAACGGGGAAUCAUUCAUCUACUAUCUUAUCCUUUAUUUCCUGCCUCAAUAAAGAAUUCGCAAUUAAGGAUCUUGGGAAACUCAAUUACUUCUUGGGAUUGGAGGUUACCUACACUCAGAAUGGUAUCUUUGUGAAUCAGUCGAAAUAUGCUUUGGAUAUACUAACUCGUGCAAAUAUGUUGGAUGCCAAACCUGCUCCAACACCUUUAAGCACCAAUGUUACUUUUGUUUCUACAGGUACUAUGUUUUCGGAUGCAACUCUUUAUCGAUCUAUUGUAUGUGCUCUCCAAUAUUUGACGAUCACGAGACCUGACAUUGCAUAUGCAGUUAAUCAAGUUAGUCAGUUUCUUCACGCCCUAACUACUGAUCAUUUUCAGGAGAUCAAUAGAAUCUUAUGUUAUCUAAAAGGCACUAUUGCAUACGGGUUACAUUACAAUCGUCUGACCUCCACUUCGCUAAUUGGCUAUUCUGAUGCUGAUUGGGCUCGUUGCAUAGAAAUGCGUCGUUCCACUUAUGGUUAUUCUAUAUUUUUAGGGGGAAGUUUGAUCUCUUGGAGUGCAAAGAAGCAACCAACUAUUGCCAGCUCAAGUUGUGAAUCGGAAUAUAGAGCUAUGGCUAAUACUGCUGCUGAGAUCAUUGUUGUUGGUGGUGAUGGUGUUAUUAGUGAAGGUGUUGUUGAUGUUGGUGGUAGUGUUGUUGUUGCUGCUGUUGUUACUACUGUUGAUAUUGAUGUCGCUGUUGUUGUAACUCAUGUCCCACAUGUCUUUUUCUAUGCUAAAUAA